GAGAUGUCGACGUUGACGGCCUUUGACAAGCUCCCGACCCUGAACUCUGCUGCCAUUUUGUUGGUGGGAACAGAUGAAAUCUUCCAGAAGCAGUUUGCAGAGACUAUCCUUACGGAAACUCAAGAUUUAAAAAUAAACAUUCACUUGGCAGACUCUCUCCCUUUACCUCCUGAGAGAGAUCACAUCCGGCCUCGGAUCGACCUGAUUGUUUUUAUGGUUAACAUGGAAAGCAAGCACAGUUAUAGUAACAUUGAAGCUUCUCUGGUCCAUGUAGAUGCCAACUUUUUCCUUGGGAAAGUGUGCUUUCUGGCUACCGGCGCUGGUAGGCUAAACCAAAUCAGUGUGGAAGUGAAUGCAGUUUUGAAGCUGGCAGAUCUUUACUGCAGCCCUGUUUUAUUCUGCGAGUUGGAAUGUGAGACGAUCAGGAUUGCCACGGCUCAGCGACUGCUCCGGAUGCUGCAAAUAUGUGCUGGUCACAUGUCGGGGGUUUCUGCGCUCUCCUUCAGCUCCUUAACGAAAAGCUCCAUUGAUGACUCCAGCUUCCUGGCAUAGAAACCUGCCCUUUUUCAGUUUUGCUGUUC